GCUCUGCUCAAGCUUUGAAAGAUUUCAAUCUCAUUCAUAAUAAAUCUGGACUUCACAUCUACGCCCCCCCAUACUAACAAACAAAAUGGUCAGCUCAACCGAACCUACAACCAUACUAUCGCCUCUUCAUAGAGUAGAUGGUUCUGCUAGCUUCUCACAAAAUGGUUAUACUAUCAUUGGCGCUGUAAACGGUCCUAUCGAAGUUCAGAGACGUGAUGAGUUGCCAGAAGAAGCGGCUAUAGAUGUGAUAGUGAGACCAGCUGCUGGUGUUGGAGGUACCAGGGAGAGACAUCUUGAAGCAAUCCUUCAAUCUUCUUUACGCCAAAUAAUCCUCAUCCACAAUUUUCCCCGAACCCUUAUUCAAGUUACAUUACAAAUUACAAGUACACCGGAAAAUGAUACUGCUUGGUCAAAACUUGUACAGGCCAGCUCGAACCUUCCCUUACUCCCUGCCCUCCUCCAAACGUCGGUUCUGACCUUAUUAUCCGCUUCUAUACCGCUUUCUAUGACCAUGACAUCAGUAUUGCUUGCCUUGAAGAAUACCGAGAAAGGCACGACUAUAAUAGAAAACCCUACUCCUCUGGAUUGUCAAGAUGCUGCUUCAGUCCAUGUAUUGGCAUUCACAUCACACGGGGAGCUUCUUGUUGCAGAAAGUGAGGGAAGUUUCGAUUUGGAUGAAUGGGAAGAAGUAUACGAGCAUGGAAAGGGUCUAUGCUGCAAAGGUCAUGGAUUGGCGGAGGAUGAUAUCAUGCAUGAAGAUGGGCUUGAGAAUGAGGCACCUUCAAGCAUGAUGAUGUUCGUCAAGUCGGCAGUACAAGAAAAAGUUGCUACCGAUCUCCAUUGGAAAGGUUGAAAAUGUUCUAUCAAUGUUACCGCUGUCAUCCAAACGUCAGGACCGUAAUGUGGUUUCAUCUUGGAUACGGGAACGGGGAAAGCCCACACGUGAAAAAUGCAUACGAGGGCUGGUGCCGCAUAUCGAAACGAGUUAUGAACGCGAUCUGAGUUGGGAUCAAGGUCGUUUUUCUGAGUACCAAUUACGGAAGAGAUGUGAGCAAACAAUGUUAUCCGAGGCAUUAAAGGAUGUGUGUAUCGGGAAUCUGAUACAACAUGUCAAGGUCCCACGUUUCAUCCUCCGUCGACCAUUCCCGAUAAAGGUAGCAAAUUCAAACGUUCACUGGAGAUGAGUAUUCUAAGUCGAGUCAGACAAGGAAAUCCAGGAAGUACUCAAUUGCGAUUGCAGAUUUGCGCAGGGACUUUUGUACUUUUUUGAGAGUAACUCCCGAU